CAUCCAGUGAAUCAUGAGAGAAAAUUAAUGCUGCAAUUUUAGCUUUCUGGCUGGAACUUCAUGUGCUGCUGAAUGACCAUUCCUCAAUCGCCAUGCACUGUUAAUGCACGGGGCGCUUUCAUGCUUUCACGUUGUUCUUUGUUCCCUGGGAAAAUGCUACAAGAAAAUGGGAAUUUCCUCUCAGCAUUACCUACCCCUCUGGCAGUGCAUUUCAGUCUUAAUUCCUGGCUGGCACAAUGUCCCAGUUACUACCUCUUUUCCUUACUAGCAGUUUGAGUUCUCUCUGUUCAUCUACCAAAAGGGGGAUUCCAGACAGACGAGGAAACAGCUUUGAAACCCUGCACUGCGGGCAUGUUCAUUUAGUCCCCCACUAUGCAAUCUGGAAAUCUGGUGAUGAAUCCUAAUGAGCUGCCGAAGAUGCCAGAGCAUGUGCCUGCAUAGGCAUUUUCUUUCCCCUCCCCCCGCUGCUUCUCUUUCCCAAGCCCCCUCUUUCCUGAUUUCCCCUCCUACUCCUUUAUCCCCUCCCUCUGUGUCUCAGUGCUGCAGUAAACCCGGCUGAGACACAUUCCUGCUUUGCGAGGCUUUCUGUUAAGGAUGUUGUGUGGCUUUUGUUUGGAUUGCAGCAUGCAGAAUUACAGCUGUUCAGAGGAGACUCAUUACAACUCCUGCUGAAGCUCCUAAUUUUCUUCCCUUGUCUUCUGCCCCUACCCCCUACCCUUAUUGGCCUGAAGACAUUGUACCCAGACUUUGCCUUACUCCCCUGGCACUAUGUAUACGGUAAACGUGGUACUAUGGCCGCAUCUGGGACUGGCCAGACAACUGCUGCUGGCUCUCCCUAUUCCAAGGACUUAAAGGGGGAUUGCACUGCAGGCAAUGCAUCAGAGCAGCAGCAUCGCGAGCCCUGGGACUGAGGCUCCUUGGGCAUUAUUACAAACACACAGAGCUGACCGCAAUGACAGCAGCUGCUCCUUUGAACUGUUGGAAGCAGCCAAGCGGCAGCAUGAAGUGAGAGAUCACUCCUGAGCUCAAGAUGAACUCCACCUUGGAUGGUAAUCAGAGCAGCCACGCUUUUUGCCUCUUGGCGUUUGGCUAUUUGGAAACUGUCAAUUUUUGCCUUUUGGAAGUGUUGAUUAUUGUGUUUCUAACUGUAUUGAUAAUUUCUGGCAACAUCAUUGUGAUUUUUGUAUUUCACUGUGCACCUUUGUUGAAUCACCACACUACAAGUUAUUUUAUACAGACUAUGGCAUAUGCUGACCUCUUGGUUGGAGUCAGCUGCCUGGUUCCUUCUCUAUCACUCCUCCACUACCCGCUUCCAAUAGAGGAGUCCUUGACUUGCCAGGUGUUUGGUUUUAUAGUAUCAGUUCUGAAGAGUGUCUCCAUGACUUCUCUGGCUUGUAUCAGUAUUGAUAGAUAUAUUGCCAUCACUAAACCUUUAACCUAUAACACCCUGGUUACACCCUGGAGACUUCGCCUGUGUAUUUUCCUCAUUUGGCUAUAUUCUACACUGGUCUUUCUGCCUUCUUUUUUCCACUGGGGCAAACCUGGAUAUCAUGGAGAUGUGUUUCAGUGGUGUGCAGAGUCCUGGCACACCAACCCCUACUUCACCCUGUUCAUCGUGAUGAUGUUAUAUGCCCCAGCAGCCCUCAUUGUGUGCUUCACCUAUUUCAACAUCUUUCGCAUCUGCCAACAGCACACAAAGGAAAUCAGCGAAAGGCAAGCUCGGUUCAGCAGCCAGAGUGGGGAGACUGGGGACGUGCAGGCCUGUCCUGACAAGCGCUAUGCCAUGGUCCUCUUUCGGAUUACUAGUGUGUUUUACAUCCUCUGGUUGCCGUACAUCAUCUACUUCUUGUUGGAGAGCUCCACUGGCCACAGCAGCCGCUUCGCAUCCUUCUUGACCACCUGGCUUGCUAUUAGUAACAGUUUCUGCAACUGUGUCAUUUAUAGUCUCUCCAACAGUGUCUUUCAAAGGGGACUAAAGCGCCUUUCAGGGGCCAUGUGUACUUCUUGUGCAAGUCAGGUCGUAGCUAAGGACGCUUACACAGUAAGGAGCAAAGGCCCUCUUAAUGGAUGCCAUGUCUGACGUAGUUCAGAUCCUAGAUCACUAUGUGUACAUGUGUUUCCUUUAUCUCUCUUUGUAUUCCUGGCUCACUAGAAAAUGUGGGACAAAAUUAUUUGAAAGCAAUAGGAAACAAAUGAUGAAUCCAAAACACCUUUUAAGUUUGCAGAAAUGAUUUUCUUAAAAAGUGCUUUUAUAUCAGAAGAACCAGGACCGUGAAAAUAAAUUGCUCUUGGUUCCAAUUUUUGUAAUGUCAUGGAAAUGACUACACUUCUCAGAUUUAAUAAAGUCAUAUCUAACACCUCU